AUGGAAAAUCCACAUGAAAAUGUACAGAUAAACAUCUUACAUCGUAUAGUAAACAAUAUGGAAAGGCUUAAUGAUAGUAUACUACAAGUAAACAAUGAAUUACACAAAAUAAACAUUUGUCAAUCUAAUAAUUUGCAGAUUAUGGGUGGCUUAAUGGAGAAUUAUCACCAGAAUAUCAAAACAAUGUUACAAGACAGUGAUACUAUUGCUACUGUCGAUAAUGUUACAAAAUAA